AGCAGCUCAGCAUCCUUCCUCCCUCUCAUCAGCACCGCUGCGCAUGAAAGGCGACGCCAUCUUGGUUUGUUCCGUUCGUGGAGGAGAGGGGAGCUGGUUCCCGCAGCGGCCUCAUCACGGCGCCCAAAAUCGGGUAAAACGUAGGACGAAGACUCGGCGCAACGCCGUCUCCCCUCCCCCUUUCCCUUAGCGCUGAGAGGACGUCGAGACGAUGUUUUACGCCCACUUUGUCCUCAGCAAACGAGGGCCGCUGGCCAAAAUCUGGCUGGCGGCCCACUGGGACAAGAAGCUGACCAAGGCCCAUGUGUUUGAGUGCAACCUGGAGAGCAGCGUAGAGAGCAUCAUCUCCCCGAAGGUGAAGAUGGCACUACGAACAUCAGGCCACCUGCUGCUGGGCGUGGUGAGGAUCUACCACAGGAAGGCCAAGUACCUGCUGGCAGAUUGUAACGAGGCCUUCAUUAAGAUUAAGAUGGCCUUUCGACCAGGAGUGGUGGAUCUUCCAGAGGAGAACCGAGAAGCGGCGUACAACGCCAUCACGCUACCGGAAGAGUUUCACGAUUUUGAUCAGCCGCUGCCAGACUUGGACGACAUCGAUGUGGCUCAGCAGUUCAACUUGAAUCAGAGCAGAGUGGAAGAAAUCACCAUGAGGGAGGAGGUGGGAAACCUCAACCUGCUGCAGGACAAUGACUUUGCGGAUUUUGGGAUGGACGAGCGGGAGAUGAUGCGAGAGGAGAGCGCGUUCGAGGUGGACAUCAUGGGAUCAUCGGCUUCCAACCUCCUGCUGGAGGCGGAGGGCGGAGCUAAUCAAAUGGCCGACAAGUCCAACCACCUGGAGUACGAUGAACAGUACAAGGAUGACUUUGGAGACAAUCCCACGGAGAGCAACGAGGGAGGAAUGCUGGUGGACAAGCUGCUGAGUAACGAGGACGGCGGUGGCAUAUUUGAUGACACUCCUGCCAUCACUGAGAGCGUGAUGAUGCCUCAGGACCACGGAGACGAUGAGGAUGACUUUGAUGCUCUCUCGGCUGGAGCCCCAGAUAGUCCUGAUUCAGGCCCAACCGAGCAGCUGCCAGCCAUGACGGACCAGCAGGAACAAACCGCUCUGGUCCACAACGAGGAGGAAACCUUCGCCCUGGAGCCCAUCGACAUCACAGUGAAGGAGACCAAGGCAAAGCGCAAGAGGAAGCUGAUCGUAGACAGUGUGAAGGAGCUCGACAGUAAAACUAUUCGCGCACAGCUUUCCGACUACUCCGACAUCGUCACCACCCUGGAUUUGGCUCCGCCUACAAAGAAACUGAUGAUGUGGAAGGAGACCGGAGGAGUGGAGAAGCUCUUCUCCCUCCCAGCUCAGCCUCUGUGGAAUGCUCGGCUGCUAAAGAUGUUUACAAGAUGUCUGACACCCCUGGUGCCAGAUGAGCUGAGGAAGAGGAGGAAGGGUGGAGAGGCUGACAGUUUGGAUGAGUUCCUCAAAGAUCUGGAGAACUCAGAGGUGCCAAGAGAGGAACCCACAGGCCUGCAGCAGAGAGACGUCUUAGACCAGACCAUCAUGGAGGAGGCAGCGACACUGCAGACUUCAGCAGUGGAGGGGAGCAGGACGACGCUGGAUGAAGCAGUCAUGCCGCCUCCGUCCUCCCAAAGAGGCCAGACGUCUCAGGACACAGAACCAGCCCUCCCUAUGGGCGCUCUGGAGGAGCAGCAGCAGGAUGCAGCUCAAGUGUCCCAGCAGCUGGAGGAGUCUGCUGUGCCUCUGCCUCCAGAGGACACCACUAGCAUCAGUCAGCUCAUAGAGUUGGACCUACUCGCUGACAAGGACAAGAAGAAGACCGACGAGGACUCGGAUGAAGAGGAGGAGGAGACGCAGGGAGAUCAGGACCAGGAGGAAAGGAGGUGGAACAAAAGAACCCAGCAGAUGCUUCACGGUCUACAGAGGGUGAUGGCCAAGACAGGCACCCAGUCGGUCAGCUUGUUAGAUUUGUGCAGGAACAACAACAGGAAGCAGGCAGCCGCCAAGUUCUACAGCUUCCUGGUUCUGAAGAAGCAGCAGGCGGUGGAGCUCGUCCAGGAGGAGCCUUACAGCGACAUCAAAGCUACACCCGGUCCUCGAUUCCACGUCAUCUAAGCACAGAACUUCGGAUUAUUUCUGUCCAGCAGGAGUGGGAGGACCGUCUGUUUUAGUUAUUCAGAUCUCCCCAAAUCCUCAGCAUUAAGGGCGGCUGCUUAAAACAAACUAUUACGUUUGAAUAAAUUGUGAAACACUGAUUUGGAAACAGAGCUUCAGCAUUUCUCCCCCCAGUAGACGUGACUUGUCCAGCGUCCUUGCAUGCCUUCUAGUGCACUUUGUCCAGACUGGAUAGAUGGGUAAUAAUUCAGAUCCAACACAAACGUCGUCACGCUAAUUUUAUUGCAGUCGUGUUCAUUUGUUGUUGUGAGGUGCGGUAAUAUCAAACGUCAGAAACAGCUGACUCUAAAGAAAAUCAAGCGAAGGCCGACUUGAACCAUUAAGCACAACGGCAGGGCUGCAGCAUCCAUCGUGUGUUUUAACCAUAAACCUGAAGUUUUGUUUUGUAUAAAAGCAAAGACAGAUCCUCUCCAUGCUGAAGCGGACGCCUCGGAGCACUUUAAGUCUUGUAAGUGAAAAGAUUUUUCAAAAUAAAACAAACUAUAAACAGUGUUUCAAACAGCAAACUCUUAUUGUCUGAAUUGAAACUGGAAAAUAAAUCAGGAAUAAAUGUGUUGUUUUGAA